AUGACCGAGAGAAUUAUUAAUUCGCUGCUGGAUACCGACUUGUACAAGCUGACUAUGCAUGCUGCUGUAUUUGCUAAUUUUCCAGAUUCUAAUGUCAUUUACAGAUACACAAAUAGAUCUGCUCAAUUACAUUUUAAUAGUACCGCUGUCGAGUGGUUGGAAGGCCAAUUAAAUCUACUGGGCGAACUCAGAUUCUCGCCUGAGGAAAUAGAAUAUUUGAAAAGGGAGAUUCCUUACUUUCCUCAGUCAUAUCUUGACUAUUUGAAAGAUUUCAAGCUGGAUCCAAAAUCUCAGGUCGACUUCACAGCCAAGCGCAUUGAUGGGUCUUCUGAUAAAUUUGAUUUGAGUAUACUGGUUAAAGGUAAAUGGACAGAUACCAUUCUAUAUGAGAUUCCGAUCCUUGCGUUAGUCUCUGAAGCCUACUUUAAGUUUGUCGAUACUGAUUGGAGUUACGAUGGACAACUUGACCAAGCCAAAGCCAAAGCAUUGAAAUUAUUCGAGAACGGGAUCAAAUUCAGUGAGUUUGGGACCAGACGUCGUAGAUCUGCCAAAACUCAGGAUCUAGUCAUGCAGGGCUUGAUCAACGCUGUACAAGAGAGACCCGAACAGUACAACAACUAUCUUCUUGGGACUUCCAACGUGUUAUUUGCCCAGAAGUACGGUGUCAAGCCCAUCGGUACCGUGGCUCAUGAAUGGGUCAUGGGUAUAGCUGCCAUCACGGACGACUACAUAAAUGCUAACAAGAAUGCCAUGGACCACUGGGUCAACACAUUUGGUCCUAAACAUGCUGGUUUGGCCUUAACAGACACUUUUGGUACAGAUGAUUUUUUGAAAUCAUUUAAACCACCUUACUCAGACUGCUACGUUGGUGUUAGACAGGAUUCAGGAGACCCGAUAGAAUAUACCAAAAAAAUCGCAAACCACUACCACAAUGUAUUGAAACUACCCAAGUUCACCAAGAUUGUUUGUUACUCUGAUUCUCUCGACGUUGAGAAAGCCAUUCAGUACGCUCAUGUAGCGCACGACAACGGUCUUCUGGCGACUUUUGGAAUCGGUACCAAUUUCACCAAUGAUUUCCACAAGACGUCAAAUUCAUCCAUCAAGAGUGAGCCUUUGAACAUCGUCAUCAAGCUACUAGAGGUGAACGAUCAUCAUGCCAUCAAAAUCUCGGAUAACUUGGGCAAGAACAUGGGUGAUCCAAAGACAGUUGGCAGGGUGAAAAAAGAGCUGGGAUACGUCGAGCGCAGCUGGAGCGGAGACAACGAAGCUCACAGAUGGGCUGCCUAG